AUGACCGAAGUCGAUAUUGAUAACUGUUCUUUAGAAGAAUUAAGAGAUAUUUUAUCUAACAAAUCUGGAGAUGAAAAGUUAGCCGCCAGAUUCAGAGCUUUAUUUAACUUAAAGAACAUAGGGAGUGAAAGUUCUAAUCAAGAAGAAGUACAAAAAGCUAUUGAUUAUAUUGCUGAAUGUUUUAAAGAUUCUUCGGAAUUAUUGAAACAUGAAGUUGCCUAUGUUUUAGGACAAACCCAUAACUUAUAUGCUGCUCCUCAUUUAAGACAAUGUUUAGCUGAUCAACAACAACAAAUUAUGGUUAGACAUGAAGCGGCUGAAGCUUUAGGAGCUUUAGGUGAUGUUGAAUCUUUAGCCUUAUUACAACAAUACUAUGAUAAUGAUCCAUCGAUUGAAAUCAAACAAACCUGUGAAUUGGCCAUUGAAAGAAUCAAAUGGGAACAAUCAGAAAAUUCAAAGACCGAAGUAUUGGAAAAAUCUUUAUACACUUCAAUUGACCCAGCUCCACCAAUGCCAACCACUCAAGAAUCCAAGAUUCCUAAAUUACAAGCGAUUUUGAACGAUCAAAAUGAACCUUUGUUUGAAAGAUACAGAGCUAUGUUUAGAUUAAGAGAUAUUGGUAGUGAUGAAGCUUGUUUAGCCUUAGCUUCAGGAUUUAAAGAUCCAUCAGCUUUAUUUAAACAUGAAAUUGCUUAUGUUUUCGGACAAAUCUGUAAUCCUGUGACUGUUCCUUCAUUAAUUGAAGUAUUAAAAGAUGAAAGAGAAGCAGGGAUGGUUAGACAUGAAGCUGCUGAAGCUUUAGGAGCUAUUGGAACUGAUGAAGUGUUCCCUGUAUUAGAAUCAUUUUUGAAUGAUGAUGUUCAAGUAGUUAGAGAAUCAGCCAUUGUUGCUUUGGAUAUGACUGAGGUUUAA